AUGGCGACGGACGGGGCGUCGGAGGACUUGCCGGCGUUCCUCCCGGCUCCGCUCCAGGAGCCAAACGAUAUGAAGCCCUGGCGGCUGAACGGGACACAGGACAUGAUGGAGCUCUUUGGGCUUGUGCCAUUGUACGACCGUGCCGUGCGGCCGUACCUGCGCCCCGACCCCGCCGCCGCGCCGGGCACCACGCCGAGCUCCGACCCAGGCUCGGCGCCGGCGAAAACCGAAGGCGAGCAGAAGCGCGCGGUGCUUCCCAAGACCUUUGUACACUAUGUCGAGGACCUUCCAGGCAAGGUCCGGCCGCCAAAACGCACGGGAGCGAUGCGGCACCAGCCGAAAGAGCUGACGCAGCUCCUGAUGAAGCCCGAGUAUACCUAUACGCCGAUUGUUCCGUUCGAUGCAGAUGCACUGAACCAUGCAUUCAGCGUCGAGCCGUCGAGCGCGCCCGCCCAAGGCAUCGAUGUGAGCCUGCUCGAGGCCGACGAACAAGAGUCGCCGGCGCCGAAGAAAAAGAAGGGCGCGCUCGGCGACCGUCCCGAGCCCCCCAAGAAGCGGGUGGUGCUCAUCAGCAAAAAGAAGCGCGCAUAG